AUGUCCGAAUUCGAGAAUUUGAGCUAUGAGGAAUUGAAAAAGAAACACGAAGCAGGAAACAAUGAGCCAGAGCUUUUGUGGAGACUUGCCGAAUCUUGCUACCGAAAGGCAAAUGCUCUCGAUGCAAAAGAUACGAAUGGAAAAAAGACUUUCAUUUUGGAGGGACGCGAAUUUGGACGCAAGGCCGUCGAGCAGUGUCCAGAGGGAAACAUUCAGGUAUUGAAAUGGGCGGCCAUUCUCACUGGCACCAGUACUGAUUAUUUGGGAACAAAAGAGCGAAUUGAACAGGCCUACGUUUUGAAGGGUCUUCUCGAUAAAGCUAUUGCCCUUAACGGAAACGACUCAACUCUUUUGCAUCUUCGUGGCCGUUACGCUUUUGGUAUCGCGAAUCUGAGUUGGCUUGAGAGAAAGGCUGCAUCCGCCUUUUUCGCCACUCCACCCGAAGCAACGAUUGAUGAGGCUCUUGCGGACUUUGUGGCUUGUCAUGCAAUUCGGCCUGAUUUCAUCGAGAACAAUGUUUAUGCAGCUCGUUGUCUCAUCUCGAAGAAAGAAUAUGAGAAAGCCGUCAACUUCAUGAAUGAAGCGCUUGCUUUGCCGGCAGAUGAUGAAAAUGAGAAAGCAUUGCAAGAAGAAGCUCGAGGUCUUAUCAAAAAGUAUGGAAAG